ACCUCGCUCCCGACGCUUCUCAACGGUAACUUCACGUUGGUGGACCCGACUAACACAACAUACGGAGCCACUGCCGACGUGCUAUGUGACGCUGGGUACAACGCCUCGGUAUCGUCUAUUCUGUGUAACGCUUCCGGAAUUUGGGAGACAGCGGAGUGUAUUAUAAAAGAUUGCCUGGCUACCCCAUCUCUAUUGCACGGAACGUACAUUCUUGUUAAUGGAACCAAAACCUACGGCUCCAUAGCUAAUGUUUCCUGUGAUAUUGGCUUCAUAUCAUCCGUGAGCACGGUUACUUGUUUGGCAUCCGCAGAUUGGGAAAAGGCUAACUGUACCGCAAAAGAUUGCGGGCCUCUCCCGUUGAUUUUAAAUGGCGAAUACUUUCUGGAUAAUCAAAAUAAUAACACAACAUUUGGGUCCACUGCCAACGUGACCUGCCAUUCCGGAUACAACACUUCUUCCAUCUCCAUCACGUGUAAUUCUUCAGGCAUAUGGGAAACAUCAGAGUGUGUUAUUAACGAUUGCAUGUCAACACCAUCUCUUUUGCACGGAACGUACAUUCUCGUUAAUGGAACCACGACCUACGGCUCCAUGGCUAAUGUGUCCUGUGAUGAUGGCUUCAUAUCAUCCGUGAGCAUGGUUACUUGUUUGGCAUCCGCAGAUUGGGAAGAGGCUAACUGUACCGCAAAAGAUUGCGGACCGCUUUCGUUGAUUGCAAAUGGCGCAUACAUUUUGGAAAACCAAAAUAAUGACACAACAUUUGGGUCCACUGCCAACGUGACCUGCCAUACCGGAUACAGCGCUUCUGCCAUCUCCAUCAUGUGUAAUUCUUCAGGAAUAUGGGAAACAGCAGAGUGUAUUAUUAACGAUUGCAUGGCGACGCCAUCUCUAUUGCACGGAACGUACAUUCUUGUUAAUGGAACCACAACCUACGGCUCCAUGGCUAAUGUGUCCUGUGAUGAUGGCUUAAUAUCAUCCGUGAGCAUGGUUACUUGUUUGGCAUCCGAAGAUUGGGAAGAGGCUAACUGUACCGCAAAAGAUUGCGGACCGCUUUCGUUGAUUGCAAAUGGCGCAUACAUUUUGGAAAACCAAAAUAAUGACACAACAUUUGGGUCCACUGCCAACGUGACCUGCCAUACCGGAUACAGCGCUUCUGCCAUCUCCAUCAUGUGUAAUUCUUCAGGAAUAUGGGAAACAGCAGAGUGUAUUAUUAACGAUUGCAUGGCGACGCCAUCUCUAUUGCACGGAACGUACAUUCUUGUUAAUGGAACCACAACCUACGGCUCCAUGGCUAAUGUGUCCUGUGAUGAUGGCUUAAUAUCAUCCGUGAGCAUGGUUACUUGUUUGGCAUCCGAAGAUUGGGAAGAGGCUAACUGUACCGCAAAAGAUUGCGGACCGCUUUCGUUGAUUGCAAAUGGCGCAUACAUUUUGGAAAAUCAAAAUAAUAACACAACAUUUGGGUCCUCUGCCAACGUGACCUGCCAUACCGGAUACAGCGCUUCUGCCAUCUCCAUCAUGUGUAAUUCUUCAGGAAUAUGGGAAACAGCAGAGUGUAUUAUUAACGAUUGCAUGGCGACGCCAUCUCUAUUGCACGGAACGUACAUUCUUGUUAAUGGAACCACAACCUACGGCUCUAUGGCUAAUGUGUCCUGUGAUGAUGGCCUAAUAUCAUCCGUAAGCAUGGUUACUUGUUUGGCAUCCGAAGAUUGGGAAGAGGCUAACUGUACCGCAAAAGAUUGCGGACCGCUUUCGUUGAUUGCAAAUGGCGCAUACAUUUUGGAAAAUCAAAAUAAUAACACAACAUUUGGGUCCACUGCCAACGUGACCUGCCAUACCGGAUACAGCGCUUCUGCCAUCUCCAUCACGUGUAAUUCUUCAGGAAUAUGGGAAACAGCAGAGUGUAUUAUUAACGAUUGCAUGGCGACGCCAUCUCUAUUGCACGGAACGUACAUUCUUGUUAAUGGAACCACAACCUACGGCUCCAUGGCUAAUGUGUCCUGUGAUGAUGGCUUAAUAUCAUCCGUGAGCAUGGUUACUUGUUUGGCAUCCGAAGAUUGGGAAGAGGCUAACUGUACCGCAAAAGAUUGCGGACCGCUUUCGUUGAUUGCAAAUGGCGCAUACAUUUUGGAAAAUCAAAAUAAUAACACAACAUUUGGGUCCACUGCCAACUUGACCUGCCAUACCGGAUACAGCGCUUCUGCCAUCUCCAUCAUGUGUAAUUCUUCAGGAAUAUGGGAAACAGCAGAGUGUAUUAUUAACGAUUGCAUGGCGACGCCAUCUCUAUUGCACGGAACGUACAUUCUUGUUAAUGGAACCACAACCUACGGCUCCAUAGCUAAUGUGUACUGUGAUGAUGGCUUCAAAUCACCCGUGAGCAUGGUUACUUGUUUGGCAUCCGCAGAUUGGGAAGAGGUGAACUGUAGUGUUAAAGAUUGUGGUAAUUUAACAAACAUCGACGAUGGAAAGCUCCUAUUAACCGAUUCGUCAAAUACAACGUAUGAAGCAAGCGCAGUGGUCAUUUGUUCAGACGGAUACGGUGCAUCGAAACCGUCUAUAAGAUGUCUUGAAUCGGGUGCUUGGGAAAACGCAACUUGCAUAGUCAAAGACUGUGGUUCCACACCAUUCAUCCUGAAUGGAGCAUACACGCUUCUUAAUACAACAAACACCACGUACGCGUCGCUAGCAAAUGUGGCAUGUGAUGUUGGAUAUGAAUCAAACGUUAGCCAGAUUAUGUGCGAGGCAAAUGCGACGUGGGCAACAGCCAAAUGCAUUCCUAGUGACUGUGGCGCCGUUCCCGCCGUUUUAAAUGGGAGAUACACGCUUCUAAAUACAACAAACACCACGUACGGAUCGCUUGCAAAUGUGACAUGUGAUGCUGGAUAUGAAUCGAAUGUUAGCCAGGUUAUGUGCCAGGCAAAUGCAACGUGGGCACAUGCAAACUGUAUUCCAAAAGACUGUGGUUCCACACCAGUCAUCCUGAAUGGAGCAUACAAGCUUCUAAACACAUCAAACACCACGUACGCGUCGCUAGCAAAUGUGACAUGUGAUGUUGGAUAUGAAUCAAACGUUAGCCAGAUUAUGUGCCAGGCAAAUGCGACAUGGGCAACAGCCAAAUGCAUUCCAAAUGACUGUGGUGCCGUUCCCGCCGUUUUAAAUGGGAUAUACACGCUUCUAAAUACAACAAACACCACGUACGGAUCGCUUGCAAAUGUGACAUGUGAUGCUGGAUAUGAAUCGAAUGUUAGCCAGGUUAUGUGCCAGGCAAAUGCAACGUGGGGACAUGCAAACUGUAUUCCAAAAGACUGUGGUUCCACACCAGUCAUCCUGAAUGGAGCAUACAAGCUUCUAAACACAACUAACACCACGUACGCGUCGCUAGCAAAUGUGACAUGUGAUGUUGGAUAUGAAUCAAACAUUAGCCAGAUUAUGUGCCAGGCAAAUGCGACGUGGGCAACAGCCAAAUGCAUUCCUAGUGACUGUGGUGCCAUUCUCGCUGUUUUAAAUGGGAGAUACACGCUUCUAAAUACAACAAACACCACGUACGGAUCGCUUGCAAAUGUUACAUGUGAUGCUGGAUAUGAAUCGAACGUUAGCCAGGUUAUGUGCCAGGCAAAUGCAACGUGGGGACAUGCAAACUGUAUUCCAAAAGACUGUGGUUCCACACCAGUCAUCCUGAAUGGAGCAUACAAGCUUCUAAGAACAUUUAACACCACGUACGCGUCGCUAGCAAAUGUGACAUGUGAUGUUGGAUAUGAAUCAAACGUGAGCCAGAUUAUGUGCCAGGCAAAUGCGACGUGGGCAACAGCCAAAUGCAUUCCUAAUGACUGUGGUGCCGUUCCCGCCGUUUUAAAUGGAAGAUACACGCUUCUAAAUACAACAAACACCACGUACGGAUCGCUUGCAAAUGUGAUAUGUGAUGCUGGAUAUGAAUCGAACGUUAGCCAGGUUAUGUGCCAGGCAAAUGCAACGUGGGGACAUGCAAACUGUAUUCCAAAAGACUGUGGUUCCACACCAGUCAUCCUGAAUGGAGCAUACAAGCUUCUUAACACAUCUAACACCACGUACGCGUCGCUAGCAAAUGUGACAUGUGAUGUUGGAUAUGAAUCAAACGUUAGCCAGAUUAUGUGCCAGGCAAAUGCGACGUGGGCAACAGCCAAAUGCAUUCCUAAUGACUGUGGUGCCGUUCCCGCCGUUUUAAAUGGGAGAUACACGCUUCUAAAUACAACAAACACCACGUACGGAUCGCUUGCAAAUGUGACGUGUGAUGCUGGAUAUGAAUCGAACGUUAGCCAGGUUAUGUGCCAGGCAAAUGCAACGUGGGGACAUGCAAACUGUAUUCCAAAAGACUGUGGUUCCACACCAGUCAUCCUGAAUGGAGCAUACAAGCUUCUAAGCACAUCUAACACCACGUACGCGUCGCUAGCAAAUGUGACAUGUGAUGUUGGAUAUGAAUCAAACGUUAGCCAGAUUAUAUGCCAGGCAAAUGCGACGUGGGCAACAGCCAAAUGCAUUCCUAAUGACUGUGGUGCCGUUCCCGCCGUUUUAAAUGGGAGAUACACGCUUCUAAAUACAACAAACACCACGUACGGAUCGCUUGCAAAUGUGACAUGUGAUGCUGGAUAUGAAUCGAACGUUAGCCAGGUUAUGUGCCAGGCAAAUGCAACGUGGGGACAUGCAAACUGUAUUCCAAAAGACUGUGGUUCCACACCAGUCAUCCUGAAUGGAGCAUACAAUAUUCUAAGCACAUCUAACACCACGUACGCGUCGCUAGCAAAUGUGACAUGUGAUGUUGGAUAUGAAUCAAACGUUAGCCAGAUUAUGUGCCAGGCAAAUGCGACGUGGGCAACAGCCAAAUGCAUUCCUAAUGACUGUGGUGCCGUUCCCGCCGUUUUAAAUGGGAGAUACACGUUUCUAAAUACAACAAACACCACGUACGGAUCGCUUGCAAAUGUGACAUGUGAUGCUGGAUAUGAAUCGAACGUUAGCCAGGACGGUAUCCACCAUGAGGACAUUGGCUACGGGGUCAGUGAAGGUAUGAAGUCAAAGGCACUCUCCCUGGAGAAGGCAAGGAAGGAGGCGGUCACAGACGGGUUGAAACGGGCUCUCAAUAACAGAAGUCGGAACAAGCAAGUGAUAGGUCAGGACAAGUCAAAAAGAGGUUUUGGAAAUGCCAUGGGGAACUGCCUGGGGGACAAGGAUUAUCUCAAGUGCAUCAACAGAGCUCCCCAACCCUUCUGCAGAAACAAUACAACCUCAGGAAAUGAUGCAUCUGAGAUUGAUGUCAACAUACAGGAAGCUCGCCAGGACCAGCCUGGUGGCAGCAGACGUGAGGAGAAAUCGCAACCAACCAGUCAGAGGCUAUGA